UUUCCAAUAUCUGGCCUUUCAAGCCUCUCAAAACUGUUGGUGCCGCAGCCACUGCAGUCCCCUUUUCACAACGUCACAUGUCCUUCGGAAUCUGGAAAUAUCGUCCAUUUGAACCACAAUGUCUAUCCAGGUGACAGAAGCGGACCAGGUUAAACAGUUUAAAGAAUUUCUUGGCACCUACAACAAACUCACCGAGAACUGCUUCAUGGACUGUGUGAAGGAUUUUACCACAAGAGAAGUCAAGUCAGAGGAGUCCACCUGCUCGGAGAGCUGCCUUCAGAAGUACCUAAAGAUGACCCAACGCAUCUCCAUGCGCUUCCAGGAGUACCACAUCCAGCAGAACGAAGCCCUGGCUCAGAAAGCAGGCUUAAUAGGACCACGGUAGACAAAUUCUGCCCUUUACACGCCAGGAGUCGCCCAUCCAGUCUGGUCCCAACUCAAUGUGAAUCAGUGGAUGGCUAACACCAGCCACAAACUUGUCCACCUCCUCUACUUCUUAGGCUGGGGCUGAUGACUGCUUGGACACUUUUAUCCAGAAAAGCCUGAUCAUGAUGUAUGAGAUCAUGUUGAGUUGCGAUCCAGAACAUGAGAUAAAAAUAAAAUAGCUACUUUUGUUUUUAUUAAAGUCUGAUUGUUGAAUAAGGUAAUGACAAUCCUGGGUAUUAGUUUGUCUCCUUUAUCCUAUGAUAAUGUUUCUGCACCAUUCAUUAAACUAAAUUGUACAUUGGCAUACUGCUAAAUUA